AUGAAGUCCAACUUCAAACGUAUUGAGAUCAGUCAGGAGGACAUUGAAAGAUCAUCAUCAUCUACUGUAAUACCCAUGGCAAUGUCAUCUGAUCAUAUACAACUAAUCAACAGCCAAAGCAACUAUAUGGCUAUUGCUGCUGCAGCAGCCGAUAGAGUACCCAUCCAUACAUCCGACGAGGACAGUGACUAUGAUGACAUGGACCAUCAUCCAUCAUCUCCAUUAAUCCCAUCUACAUCUACGACUACUACCACAUCAUCAUCAUCUUCUACAAAUAUGGCUACUACUACUACUACAUCAUCAUUGGCAUCAUCUACAUCUUCAUUGUCUCCAUUGUGCUCAUCCAACAACAACAGUAGCACUGGAUCACAAUCACGAUCGGCAUCACCGACUUCAAUGCCAGACGUCGCCACCACCACAUCUACAGCUGCCACCACCAACAUCAAUGGCAAUGGCGCUGCUGGUCCAUCUCUCGUAUUGAUCAAUGCCAACAAUCAGAUACCCACUGUCGAUGUGUCCACUCUUCUCUCGCACAUCAACCAACUCAACACAUGGGUGGCCCAGAUUGAUCAAUGCUCGCCAACUGCUCGAUCCAUUGUAUGGAGACAGCUCAACGACAUCUGCAUGCAGCAGGCCUAUCCCAACCAAGACAUCUCCACUCUACACAUUGCCAACGCGCCUCUCUGGGAGAGCAAGUGCACGGACAAGUUCCUGCCCUACUUCCACUCUCUGCUCAGGAAGCCCAACAUGGACGUCAACGGCUUGCAAUCUUUGCACUGUGCCUUUGUCGAGUCGGAGCGAAGGAACACCAACCUCUUCCAGCAGUGCUCACCACAGACUGCUGUGGACCCAACUGAUGACCAGGUCACCAUCAACCCAUACACAGUCUCCUCGGAUAUCUUCCAUUCAUCGUCCAUCUGGGGAUUCACACUGCCAUCUGUGUUGCAGCAGUUGCUGUGUCUGACGGCGUGGGCACCACAACUCGAUCGUCUGCCCACCAACCUGAGGAAGGCAAUCUGGGACAACUGUCUCUCCUUUGCCCCAUUCAAGACUCUCACUGUUGGCACCAAGCUCAACAGUUUCACCAAAGUUGUCAAGGGUUGGACCAAUCAUCCAAUCAACAACAUGCUUGCCAUCACUACACUCUUUGGCUCGCUUGGUUACCUCACCUCUAGAAGGGUAUUGAGUAACAACUUCUAUUUCCCUCAGACAAACUACUUGGUCUUCUCAUUCAACGAGUCGGACUAUGUAGGUUCAUCAUCUUCGUCACAGUAUGAGUGUGAGGAUGAGGUGGCCACCUCCCCUUCACCAUUGAAGAAGAACAAGAAAAGUCACUCCACCUCCUCCUACAAGCAGAGUGAUAUGGGUGAGAGAGUGCCAUCUAUGUCACCGUUGCCAACGAUUGGUGCACAGAGCAGUGCCACACCAGGCUAUGCUUCACCAAUGGCUUCGUACUCCACUUUGGAGCACUACAGCAGUGACACUGAGUCCUCCUUUGACUCUGAUCCAGUGACUCCUACCAAGCAUCACUCAUCAUCAUCAUCCAACCAACAACAAUUUACAAACAUCGAAUCGAUCAGCUCGAUGAUCGACAAGGUCAUGAGGUCCAAGUCCCUCAAGCCUUCUUCAAACACACAAUCCACCGCAACCAAACAACCAACAUCAUCAUUAUCAUUAUCAUCAUCAUCUGCCUUCAACAACACCAACACCUCAACCAACAAACAGUCCAAGGCUAGGAAGGCCAGUAGCAUCAGCAGCUACAGUGUAUCAAACAACAACUACCUCUUCACCAACACCAACACCAACUCGAACAACCUUCAUCACUCCUCGGACUCUGUACCAUUUGUGAACAACAUCAAUAACUCCGUGUGUAAUAUACCAACGAUGAGCACCCAAACCAAGCAGAUGGACGCCAUGUCCAUGCCAGUGCAAGUGCCAGUGAACAAUCCAAUGGAUGGCUGUGCACCUUUGGAUGUUCUUGUUAUGACUGCCUUCCAGUUUGAGGAGUUGGACGAAUCGAUCGUCUGCCAAGAGCCCGAAGUGCCCAAGAGAGAGACAACAAGCUUCAAACGUAUCAGCAGCAGGAAGAGAAGAUUAUCCUCUGAGCAUACUGUCAAGCAGGAGGGAGCCAUGAACAUCAACAACAUCCUCUGUUCAUAA